GCAAAUUGCUAAAUAAUCCGCGCUCCCGGUGUUUGGUUGUAAUGGUUGUAAAAUGCUUAUAUCAUUGAAAAAUGUAGAGUUUCAUUAAUCCUGGUAACUAAUUUUUUUUGUCAGGAAGAUAAUGGCUAGUUUAUAUGACGAGACACUGGUAAAUUUUGAUUUAAACUUCCUGCAACCAUCUACAAGUAAUGUGGUAAGUAAGAAUGUUUUAAGACAUGACAAACAGCGACAAUCACUAUUGAAUGUAAAGAAGAAAAUUGUAGCUAGCAGUGCUCUUGUACAAAAAUUCUAUACACAAAAAGAGAGACUUGAAGAAACUGAAUGUUUGCUCUUGGCUGCAAAAGAAGAAUGUAAACAAGCUUGUAUAGAGAAUAAGGGAACUUUGGAAAAAUAUACUGAAUUAGAAAAGAAUGCAGUGAAACUCAAAGAAAGUAAUCAACAAUUGGUAAAAAAUGUUACUGACUUGCAAAACCAGGUGGAAGCAAUGAAUUCACAUGCUUAUCAAUUACAGACACUAGUUAAGGAAAAAGAAUCAAUGGUGGAAGCUUUAAAAAUAGAAAAAGAAUUGGAGAAAAGCAGUUUGAAAGAUUAUGAGAAAAAGCUUACAUCAUAUGAAAAAGAACGAGAGGCAUUUUUAAACGAUAUAAGGUGUUUCAAAGAUGUGGUUCUUGGUAAAAAAAAAGUUAAAGAUAUAAAACAUAUUCUAUCAAAAUAUAAAGACAUGAAAAUCUUUGAUGAUGGUAUAGAGUCUGAUAACAGUAGUGAUCUAGAUGACUUUGACGAGAGUCCCAUCAGAUCUCCAUCACCAAUAGAUAAUAUUUUAUAUGAAGCUCAAGAAAAGGAAUGUAUUCUAAGCAUUAAGGCCAAUAAGGAAUCAUGCAAUGAAUCAAAAUUAUUAAAGAUUGAUAAAUUCAAUGAUGAUCAUGAUUCUGAUUUCUGUAAUGAGGUUAUUAGUGAGGACACUGGGAGGGGAUCUUCAUUGGCAUUGUCUGAAAUGAACAGCCCAGAAAAUGAUUUUAUGGUUGGUGAUUAUAAUGUAAUAAUCAAAGAACCGAUUAUUCAAGUUGAUGUUGGUACAAGCCCAAUGAGAGUUGAAGAUAAUCUUGUAUCAAGUCCAAAUAUAUUUGAUGAUGAAGUAUUACUGAGUGAUAGAAAUGCUGAUGCACCUAAAACUCCUGAGUACUUUAUUUCAGACAUUCCUUUAAGUUCAGAAAUUGUUACCAUUAAAGAGAAACGACAAUUAGUUGAUGCAUGUACAAGUCCCAUGAAGAUUCCACUUAAUGUUGUUCAUGAAGGUACUAGUCCCAUCAUCUUUGAAGAUAAUAACGAGGAUGUUAAUGUUAUUGCCAGUCCAAAACAAGCCAUUAAUCCCGCACAAGCAAAGAUAGACACAUCUACAGACGACAAUGGUAAAUGCCAGAUGGGAUUGAAUAGUUUGUCUAGUGGUUGUGAAUUGGAAAUAUCAAGGAAACCCAUAGAAGAAGUUAAAAGUAUGGAUGUUAAUGAUGAAAUUAGUAAUGAUAGGGAAGUGCAAAUGAUUUUAAGAGAAAUGAAGUUUCAUCCUAAAAUAAUCAGUCCUCUUCCAAAAAGACCAAAGAUGCACACAAUUAAGGAAGCUCAUGGAGUAUGUCCAGAAGCAAUAAAAAUCAGAGAAGAAAAUAAAACUUUAAAAACAAAUGUUGACUUUUUAUGCAAAGAAAUUAUGCUAAUUAAGAGUAUGUUAACAAAUAAAAGUCAUGAGAAUAUACAAACUACUGAAAGUGAUAUAAGCCUAUUUGGUGAUAGUCAAGAUACUAUCAUGGAAGGUGAUAAUGAUCUAAGUACUGUUGGUGAAGUUAACAACACAUGUGACAACUCAACUGAUUUUGAUUUGAGGUCUAGUGCAACAGAAUGUGAAAACGAUCCAAUAACUUUAUUAUUUUCAAACAAAACUCCACAAAAGUCUCAAAACAGAAUAUUGCUUGAAAAUGUCAAUACCACUGACAUUCUCACUGAAGCCGAAGCCGAAAUAAACGGUCUAGAUACUAUUAUAGAUAACAAAAGAAAAUAUGAAACAUAUGAUAUUACAGUUUCCAAUGACUUUCCUAGGAAUGAUAAAUCACAGAAUGGUUCAAGGCUUAAGCGACGAAAACAAACCAAACUUGAUUUAUUGAAAAGAAAGAUAAUGCCGAGGAGUAAAAUAAUGGCGCAGUUACCUGCAAGAAGAGUUAAGAAAAUUCCUCUUAAACCUAUUGUCAGGAAAGAUUUAAAGAACAAACUCUUAGAUAUCAUAAACAACAAAGAUGCAUAUGAUAAAGCACGACAGGUAAUGGUUGAACUGAAAUCUAAUGAUAAAUCAAAACCCAAAAUUAUAAAACAAAAAAUUGUUAAGAAAAAAGAAAAUAGAAGUAAUAUUAGAAAUACAUAUGAUAGACCUUCUGUUAAAGUUUCAAAAAAAGACUUUGUUAAGAAAACAACUUUCAGUAAUCCAAUUACAAUUGAUAGUACAAAAGAAUCUUCUAAUUGUGAACACAAGAUUAUAAGCCCUAAGAAGAAUAGACAUGCCAUGCCUUUGGCACCAUCUAGUGACAGCAGUAUAGAUACAAGUUCUAUUUCCGUCAUUAAUGGAAACGAAAAGGUAAAAACUAUAGAUUUAGAAGAAAUUAUUCACAAAGAAGACAAUACUAAUUAUGAAAAGAUAGCAGAAGAUGAAGAAACGUCGACAGUUGUAGACAAUGAAAAACAAGACAAUCACAUAAGCAAGGAAACUACACCCAAAACUAACCGACGGCGCAAGCGGAUUGAUUCCGGAAGUUCUAACGUUAGUUAUAAACGAAUGCUGCGAAGUUCAAAUUCGGAGAAAAUAGAGUCUAAAGAAAAAGAAAAUAAGGACGAUAGACCACUUAAUAUAGAUUAUAACGAUCUAGAUAUGUUUGAUACACCUAUUGAAACUGAUGUGGAAAAGGAAAAUGUAGAUAAGUCUUUCGGUAAAACUACGGACGAAGAAACGCACACAAACCUACUUAAUAAAGUUAAAAGAAAAAUGAGGGUUCCUUCAAAUGAUUCGGGUAAACCACAACGAUUAUUACGCAGUUCGAAUUCACAUGUAAAUAUUACAGAUACAAAUACAGACAGAAACGCAAAUCGGUUAGAGAAAACAGAAGAUAAUAAAGUAAAGAAAAUAAAUGAAACUCCACCUAAUGAAAGACUGAACAUUUCUGAUAAAAUUUCCACUCAUGCAAAUAAUUUCAGUAAUAGCAUACUUUGUAAAAUGAUUAGAAAACACGGAAAGAAUGUUAUUAAAACCUCAGCAUCAAAAGUAUCAGACAAAAUUAUAGACACAAUUUUUGAAAAGAUAGACACGACAUUGGCAGAUAUUGUAGAGAAACCACCUGAUCAGCUCCAGAUAGCAUUGGAUGACCUAAUUCAAUAUUUAAAAAGUCUUAAUCGGAAAGAAUUUAUAUCUGGGCUCAUGAAAUUCCUCCAAGAUCCAGCUCGGAAGUUGGAAUUGUAUAACAAAACUAUUACAAAAGUUCCCAUGACAAAGAAGGAACAGAUGAUCGUAUAUAUUAUAAAGCAAAUGAAUGAUAAUAUACUGGACAAAGUUUUGACAAAUAUAGACUUUGCUUUAUUCUGUUUGAGUCUAAAUCCUGAGUUUGAUACAUUAGAGAGUUUAUCGCAUAUGUAUGCAGUGUUAUGUAGAGUGUUUAAUUUGAAGAAUCGGUUAAAAGUGUUCAUGCUGGAUGCGAUGUACUGUCUUAACUUCAAGGCGGUCGUUGUGGUUAAGCAGUGUCUGGCAACUUGGCCUCAUGUCUUACCUUUGGCACAUUUACCUCACGCCAAAUCGCCGCUAUUAUUAAGUAUAGUGUACUUAUUACACUUUUUGAAGUGUGACAACCGUGGUAUGAAGCGAGCGACAGAUGUAAGAUGGCUGUUAGAUAAGAAAUACAUGUACAACUUCAAUGAAUGGAAUCAAAAUAGAGUACUCGAUAUGUUCAGCAACGCCAUCAAAACCAUCAGAGAUGAUCCCGCUGAAAGGAAUAUGUUGAGAAUGGCGAUAAUUAUCUUUGCUAAGCGGCAAGGUGUCAAAUGGUGUCAAAGGCAUAUCAUAAAUAACCUACUUUUACCGAAUGUAGAGAAUGAAAAUAAUACAGAGAGGGUCAAAGUGUUUUGUAUAAAGGUUCUUGGACCUCUUUUCAAGGCUUAUCCAAUUAAUAUGAAAGUGCAUUGCGAAAUUAUGACCAAUCGAUUACUGGAUAUGUUGGAACAGGAGAAUUUAUCACACGCAAUAAAGGAAGGAAUAUUCACAAGUCUUAUAUGUAUGAGCAAGCACAAUCCCCAACGCGUUAACGGUGCUCUGUUAAAAUGGACACCGGAGAGCGUGUCGUCGGAGUUUGAAGCUUUGGUUAAGAGUUAUGUCAGGGAGAAACCUAUUAAAGCAUGGAAGAAGAUACUCUCCAAGACACGUUAAGUGCUUUUUUCUUUCUGACUUUAGUAUAGAGUAAAGAGGUCCAGUUUUUGCUACGAGACAUUUUUUUUUUACUGUUCAGCUAUGACUUAACAGUGUUGCCAAUAAGAAAAAACGUAACUUAGCUCUGAAACCCUAAAUUCCCUAAGUUCUGGGAGGUUUUUUUUAUGGCAAUAGUUUGAACUUUAUGCCAGUUUCAAGUUGGGAAACUACACGCGAGAAAAAGUUCUGGGAGUUGAAACGCAAUGAAACGGUGACGUGUUUUUCUUUUAUUUAUUACACGUUUUAGGUCCUUGUAAUGCUGUUUUUUUAUUGUUUUAAAAGCGUCUACUGUUAAUAUAAAUUGUUAAUAUGUAUUAUGUUAAUUUUUUAAAGAUGUAUGGGACCUUUUUGUUAUUAGUUAAUACUGAAGCAUACUUUCUAUUCGUGGCUCUUAGUUGAAUUUAUUGGUAAGAAUUUGUAGGAAGAUGCACCGAUAAUUUUAAUUGGGUUUUUUUUGUAACGGGUCAGUUCCAAAUGCACCAGAUUAGGUAAUUUCGAGUAAAUUUUUCAGCUUUAAAAACUUUUUAGGAAUUUGUUUUUAGAACUUAUGAAUAUUAAGUACUAUAAAUGAAUUACGGAUGUUAUAUUUAUAUCCACAACAAUUCGAUCAUAUUGGUAUUUUUUAUGGUCACGCAAUAGGCGCUGGUGUCCUUAGUGUAUACUAAAACUUGAUUACUGCUUACUCUUGAGUAGUUUAACAUAUGUUUUAAUGGAAUGCGCUUUCUAUAGAAAAUCGUUUCACGACUGGUGAAAAUUAGUUGAAUUCUUUUAAAUGUUUUAAAUUUAAUUCCAUAAAUAGAAAUUACUAAGAAACUCAUAAUUUAAGGUAUAGUAAUAAUUGAAUACCAUGGAAAUGUAAAAGGCGAAAGAUUUAUACGUUGAAACAAACCAGAGUUAGAUUUUCAAUGUAACUUAAGGUGAAAAUAGAACCAAAAAUUUUCACCGAAACAAAAUAUUUACAAUGUGUAAAUGUUUAGACUAAAAUUGUGUAGAUCCAUAAUAUGUUUGUAUUUGCUAGUCCGAUUAGUAUUAAGUCAAAUAGGGCCAAAUGAAAAUGCAUUUUUAAGAUAUGUGCGAUAAGCCUACUAAAUAUCCGUGUUAAAUAUUUGUAUGAAAAUUAUAAUAAUGUUGCGCGCAACCCGGCAACGCACUUGCAAGCCCUGGUAUUGCAGGUUUUUAGCACUAUAGUGACCCAGCUCAUUUGUCUUCUGGAUCAAAAAAGAUGGCGCCGUUAAGUGUUCGAAUAUCCCAGAUGUAUUUUACGUUAUCAUUCAAUUUGUCAUAAGAACUUUCAUUUCGUUGUUAAACUUGUUCAAACGUAUAACAACAACUGGAUAUGUGGAAUUACCAAAAAAGCAACAUUACAUUUAAUUGUUUUAAACAUAGUAUAUCAGUCUUGCUUUGAUGGUCACGAAUAAAAAUAAAGCUAUUUCUUAUUUAUAUUGGCCCUUAUUAACAUAUACCACCAGAUAAUAAACAUUUAAAUCAUAGUCGCAGACUGCUACAAGGCAUUUCAUUUCCACAGAUCACAAUUUACAUUUCUAUGCAUAAACAAUGAAUUGUGUAGUUUUGCCUUCUAUAUUCUAUAUCUCCAAAACGAACGCUCCCUAAGUAUAGCACUUCUAUGAUUUAAAUAUUUGAUAAUAGGUUAAGUUUUAUGCAUGACUAUUGUGUGAGUAUCUAUUAAUUUAAGAUUACUGAUAAGGAUGAUAUUUGAAAUGGCGGUCAAAGCUCAAAGCAAUGGUAUAUGUGUUUCAAAUGGUCUGCAUACUGUGAUUUCUGUAAGCUUCAUUUUCGAAGUAAUAAAUAUUCAAAUAACAUUUUCGUUUUACUUUCUAGUGACCGGCAUCGGUUGUGUUGACUUUUAACAUCCUAUUUAUUUGUUGAUCAAUUUAAAAUUUACUAUUUUUGUCCUUAUAUUUAAAUUGAA